AUGCAGAAGAUCCUGGAGCUGAAGUUUAAGCCCAUUGUUAUGAAAACAGACGCCAUGUUGAACCUGGCCGAUCGUCUGGAGGGGCCCUUUAACUUCGAGUCGGUCAUGGAUCCCAUCGACGUGAAGAUCUCUGAGGCCAUCAUGAACAUGCAGGAGAACAGCAUGCAAGUCUCCCAGAAGGUGUUCCAGGGUUGUGGGCAGCCCAAACCCAGCAUGGCCUUCAGAACCAAGCGAUCCAUCAAAGAGACGGCGUUUACAGGACGCUUCAGACCCUACAGUCCUGACGCCAGACCCACCACCGCCGCAGGCACCAGCUUAGACCGACUGACGGGGGAUGUGAAGAAGAGGCUGAAACAUGCUAAAAAGUUCUGGUCCACGCUGCCAGAGACGGUGUGUGCGGGAGAGAGGAUCGCCCCCGGAGACGAGUGCUGGAACGGCACCGCCAAAAGCAGAUACGAGUCUGUUGUCAUCGGCAACGGCCUGGCCAAUCAGGUGUGGAACCCGGAUGUGGACGUGGACAUCACGAAGCCGGACAUCGUGAUCCGGAGUCAGAUGGCGGUGCUGAAGGAGAUGACCAGCUGGCUCAAAGCGGCGCACAGCGGCAACGACAUCUCCUUUGAGACAGCAGGCUGCGAGCUGCUGUCCAGAGCACACUUGUCCAGCAGGGGGAGACUGUCAUGUGUAUAA